GUGGCUGGUUAUAGCAGUUGGACUAGUGAGAGCCUACCUGGCCAAGGGUAGCUACCAUAGCCUUUAUUAUUCCAUUGAAAAGCCUUUGAAAUUCUUCCAGACUGGAGCCUUAUUGGAGGUUUUACAUUGUGCUAUAGGUAUUGUUCCAUCUUCUGUUGUCCUUACUUCUUUCCAGGUGAUGUCAAGAGUAUUUCUAAUAUGGGCAGUGACACAUAGUGUCAAAGAGGUUCAGAGUGAAGACAGUGUCCUCCUGUUUGUAAUUGCCUGGACAAUCACAGAAAUUAUCCGUUACUCCUUUUACACAUUCAGUCUGUUAAACCACCUGCCUUACCUCAUCAAAUGGGCAAGAUACACACUUUUCAUUGUGCUGUACCCGAUGGGAGUGUCAGGAGAGCUGCUCACAAUAUACGCAGCUCUGCCCUUCGUCAGACAGGCUGGCCUGUACUCCAUCAGUUUACCUAACAGAUACAAUUUCUCCUUUGACUACUAUGCAUUCCUAAUUCUGAUCAUGAUCUCCUACAUUCCAAUUUUUCCCCAGUUAUACUUCCACAUGAUACACCAGAGAAGAAAGGUCCUUUCUCAUACUGAAGAACACAAGAAAUUUGAAUAGUUCCUGCUUUCUGCACCUUCCUACCCCCCAAAAAAAAAACUUUUCAAUUAUCAAACAAUGCUGCAGACUUUUUGAGUUCCCAAUACGUUUCAUAGAAAAUAAGUAAGAACUAUUUUUAAAAUAUUUAAAAAACAAAAACAAAAAUCCAGCGUCACAUGGGCCUGGGCUUUUAUAAAAAAAAAAUUAAAAAAAAAAAGGCUGUUACGUAAAACAUCCUGGCUGGUCCAUUUCAGCAUGCUCUUUCAACCAGAAGUUCCCACUAUUUACGAUGGCACCAGAAAGGGAUUUGGCAUUUUAUACCCUCCUGUGUCCUCCACGUAUCUGAUAAAGAUCUGUAACACGAAGUACCUGAGAGUUACAGGCCGAGUAUUGAACCCGUCCCAGCUGAGUGCCCAGCUCGCAGUAGUUAUGUUUCAGUCUGCAGUGUGUUUAGCAUUCCCUCUUCAAAGUGCUUGACUGCAUGCUGGAAACUAUUUGUCUUUUUGAAGCGGCAAACUUUGUUCUAUGGAAUGCUCUGAAGUUAUGGCUGGGACCUAGCCCCUCCUAUCUAGUGAAUGAAUUAUAAAACGUAUAUGCCUGUGAAGCUUCGGGGUAGUGCCCACAAUCAGAAAACUAGAACCCUUUUGUUUGUUUCCAAUUGAGUCAUGACUGCCUGCCACUAAGAAACGUGCUUGAAUCUCAUAGGUAUGUGUACGUUGUAAGGAACCUACCUUCUCUGGAGCUCAGCCUCAAUCAUAUUUCAACAGAAUGACCGUUGUCGGCAAGGGGAAGCUCAGUAGCUUGUAAGUGAUGAGUACCUUUCACAGUACAGUUCUCAGAGCACCUCCGAGUAAUGCAUUUGCCAAUCUCUAGUCGCAUUUCUGGACCCGAAGCCAAUCCAGUCACACAGGAGUAGGGAAUCUCUUACUGAAAGCACAUGGAAGGCGUUGCGGUCCAGAAAAACAUGCAAGAAUAUUUUAUACACUGUUCGUACUUUCUUUUUCUUAUUUUAUGUUUUGGUUGUCACUCACUCUUCUGUUUGAAUGCUUUUCCUUACUAUGGUCAGUGUUAAUUCCCACCAAGUGGUAAGUCCAGAGACAGUAGAAUGUCCCCGCGGGGUGGUGGUGAGCUAAGGGCUGUCAUCUGCAUGUGUUGGUACAGCCAUCAAAUACCAAUAGCUUGGUCCUGUGGACGUCCCCUCGUUAAUGCUGUGUCUUCGUACCAUGUAGUCGCUCAACUGCGCAUUGUAAACCCUUCAAGAAAGGCUGGAUGAAGGCGUAAAACCCAAGUUUAGAUGAGCAUUGGAUUCAAAACACAGUACUUUCUUUCCCAAGCCUUGUUUCUUUCUUUUUUUUGGGGGGGGGGAUUGUUGCUCUUUGAAGAGUGUGAAGGUCUAGCUGACUGAGUAGUUGUCAUUCAUUGCUAGUAUCAGAAAAGUGUCACAAUGGAAAGCUAAAUUUUUAAAUGUUUAUUUUCAUAGAAGCUUAAAAAUUUAAUGCAGGCAGCUGUGUGAUAAAUUAUUUUUGAAUUAAAUAUCAAGAUUCUGCUUCUUAAAAUCAGUCUUCCUAACUUGGGUAUGUCAAGAUUAGAAUCCGUCCUUGUGUUUGACAGAUAAAAUAUGUUGGCAAGAUGAUUUGUCAGGCUUUUUCUCUCUUUUGAUUCUUGGAAAAUGUAUUUCUACUGUAAAAUAGAAUUGCAGGUUAUCUUUGCCUUAUUACUUUAUUCAGUUAAGAUUUUUUUAAUUGUUUUUGGAAUAACUAUCAAAGAUGAGAUGAAAAAUGUAGUUUUCUGGGGCUACUGGACUGGGAGUUUUAUUCAGGCACCUCUAUUAUAAUUUGUCACCAUUUAUGAAAAACAUCCAUUGCAUCAAACUGAACCCUGACAACAAGAACACGGCAAACAACUCCCUUUUCAAAAAGGGCCUCACCCCCAGCGUGUAUUUUUAUACACCAACAUUUAAAAUACUUACAGCAGAUAAGGCAUGUCACCGUGUCCUUCAGUAACCUCUCUGAGUAACUGCUUUCUUUAUCCUUAACACGAAUUAAUUUCUCCCUUAAAGUAGUGGUGUUCUUUUAUAAAUCGGGAACAUCCAACCCCACCAAAUGUCACAUCUUCUUAUAAAGUGUGAACCAGGAACGUGGUGUUUGAUGGUGUUUUGUCAGACUUAGCAGUUUCAUUUCAGGGCACAGUCAAAGGCACCAUCUUCCCGGCUACCCCUCCAUUGUGUUUCCGACCCCCUCUGUGGAGCCUCCUGACAGAAUGCUUUGAGGUCUGCAGUGGUGCUUUGUAGACACGCGCGGCUCAUCUGCAUCUUGCUGUGUUCCGUUUGCUAAGACUGGGAUCAUUCAUUUAACAUGUACCAAC